GAGCAGAUGGAUGGAUAGAUGGGAGGCUGUGGCUGGGGUGGGGGGGCGUGGAGGAGGAGAGAGGUUGCUGGACCCAGACAAGGUGCCUGCUGCCUGCUCAGAAGCAAGCGGAGAGCGCUCUGCCUGGCCGCCUCUUCCUCUCCUGCUCCGCUCGGAUCGUGCCCACCCCACCCCACCCCACCCUGCCCAGCCAUGCCCAACUUCGCCGGCACCUGGAAAAUGAGGAGCAGCGAGAAUUUCGACGAGCUCUUGAAAGUCCUGGGUGUCAACGCCAUGCUCCGGAAAGUGGCCGUGGCCGCCGCCUCCAAACCCCACGUGGAAAUCCGCCAAGACGGGGACCAGUUCUACAUCAAAACCUCCACCACCGUCCGCACCACCGAGAUCAACUUCAAAGUAGGGGAGAGCUUCGAGGAAGAGACGGUGGAUGGCCGGAAGUGCCGGAGUUUAGCGACUUGGGAGAACGAAAACAAGAUCUACUGCAAACAAACCCUUCUGGAGGGAGAAGGCCCAAAAACGUAUUGGACACGGGAAUUGGCUGGCGAAGAACUGAUUCUGACUUUUGGCGCCAAUGAUGUCGUAUGCACGAGAAUCUACGUACGAGAGUGAAAGACCCCUCCGCCAUCUCGCUGUCGGGAAAGAAAGAGACAGAUUAACUGACAGAUGUGGUGGUGGUGGUGGGGAAUCCGGCAUGGUAAAAAAAAUAUCUGUGGGGGCUCCCUCGAGAUCAGCGCAGACGUGACCACUCAAUUCCUCUCGAGUCCUUGUUCGUUUAUCUCGUGUUUCUUGCUUUGGUCCCGUACCCUGUUAGAAAUAUCUCCCCUCUUUCCACGUUUGCUUCGUAGUUACAAAUUUAUACGGUUCGAUCAGUAAUUAAAUGGACUGGAUAAUCAUUCCCAACUAUUUAUCCUUCAA